GAAUCCCCCAGCUUCAGUUCCUGCCUUUCCUUUCCCUUCCAUUCCCACAUUGCAAACCCUGCACGCUACGGCGACCGCGCCGCGCGAGAUCCAGGACCCCGACCGGCCGCCCGCCCCGCCGUCGCGCAUGCGCUCGCCGUGACCGGAUCUCGCGCCAUGGCCAUCGCGGAGGCGUCCCCCUUCGCGGACCUGCCCUUCCCCGACGACCUGCCGGAGUUCCCCCAUCCGGGCGACGACGCCUUCGCCCUGGAGGGCUUCGAUCUCGACGAUCUGGACAUCGACUUCGACUUCGACCUCGACCUCGACCUCCUCCCCACCGACGACGUGCAGCUCCCGUCGCCCCCGCCGCCGCUCGCCACGUCCUCGUCCUCGGCCGGGUCGCCGGGCGGGGCAGGGGACUCCUCCUCCGGCUCAGGUGGCGGAGCGGACGGCGCCCUGAAGAACGACGAGUCCUCGGAGACGUCUUCCAGGAGCGCGAGCGCUGGGAGCGACGGCAAGGCUAAGGACGGGGAGGGUGAGGACGACAAGCGACGGGCGCGGCUGGUGCGGAACCGGGAGAGCGCGCACCUGUCGCGUCAGAGGAAGAAGCAGUACGUCGAGGAGCUGGAGGGGAAGGUCAAGGCCAUGCAGGCCACCAUCGCCGACCUCUCAACCAGGAUCUCCUGCGUCACCGCUGAGAACGCCGCUCUCAAGCAGCAGCUGGCUGGCGCCGGUGCAGGCGUCCCCCCGCCACUGCCAAUGUACCCUGGAUUGUACCCUUUGCCGCCGCCAUGGAUGCACCCGGCAUAUGCGAUCGGAGCGCGCGGCUCCCAAGUGCCGCUCAUGCCGAUACCUCGGCUGAGAACCAAGCAGCCUGCGUCGGCUGCCGCAGAACCACCGGCCAAGAAGUCUAGGAAGACCAAGAAGGUUGCUAGUGUUAGCCUCCUUGGCUUGCUGUUCCUGAUGAUGCUCUGCGGGUGUUUGGUUCCUGUGGUAAAUCGGAUGUAUGGAGCAGUUGAUUCACGAGAAGGAAUUGUGCUUGGUCCAUCACAAUCACGUCAUGAGAGGGUUCUGGCUGUUGAUGGGCCUCGAGAUGGUGUCUCGGAAGGUGUUGAUUCGAAGUUGCCACAUAAUUCAAGUGAGACGCUCCCAGCGUUGUUGUAUAUUCCAAGGAAUGGGAAGCAUGUCAAGAUCAAUGGAAAUUUGGUUAUCCAGUCUGUUGUUGCGAGUGAGAAAGCUUCUUCGCGCAUGUGUCACUCUGAUGGAAAGACUUCAUGUAACCAAGGACAAGAAGAUACUAGUUUGGCAAUUCCUGGCCAUGUUGCUCAGUUGAAUUCUGGAGAAGUCAUGGAAUCUGCUAAAGCAAUAAAAAAUAAACUGAUGGCUUUACCUCCUGGAGAUGGAAGCAUAUACAGAGAGGAUGAUGAAUUACUGCCACAAUGGUUUAGUGAAGCGAUGUCAGGUCCUAUGUUGAGCUCUGGAAUGUGCACCGAAGUGUUCCAGUUCGAUAUAUCGCCGACCACCAUUGUUCCUGUCUACUCCAGUGGUAUGCCCAAUGCAUCACAUAACUCCACAGAGAACCUCCCCUCCAGUCAGUCCCAUAAGGUCAAGAACAGAAGGAUUUUACAUUCCAUGGCCAUUCCCCUAAAAGGUUCAACGUCCAACCACACGGAUCACCUCAAAGCGCACCCCAAUAACGAUAGCUUUGCUGGAGACAAACCGGCUUCAUCGGUGGUGGUCUCUGUCCUGGCUGACCCGAGAGUGGACGCUGAUGGAAGGAUCUCUUCGAAGUCAUUGUCGCGUAUAUUUGUUGUAGUCCUUGUUGACAGUGUAAAGUAUGUCACUUACUCUUGCGUCCUGCCGUUCAAAACCCAUAGCCCUCAUCUGUGAGCUGGGUUUUCACCGGAGCAGUGUGUGUUUAGGUUAUACUACCGAUUAACAGGACUGGAAUUUUCCCAAAGGAACUGAUGUUCUGUGUAUGUGAAUAGAGUUGCAGUUAAUUAACUCAAAUAAUCAGUUGACUGUUUAUUGCAGCCAUAUAUGGGCUUUUA